CGACGAAAUGCGAAGAGGGUCAGAAAAUAAACAUGAAGUUAUUGGUGUGCUUGGUAUUGACGCUGGCUUCUCUGGUUUCCAGCGAGAAGAUCCUCAACUGUUACUGGGGAACAUGGGCCAACUAUCGUCCUGGGGAUGGUAAAUUCGAGCCCUCGAACAUCGAUCCCAGCCUGUGUACUCACAUCAGUUACACCUUCUUUGGCAUUGAGGCGUCGGGAGAGUUCAAGUCCUUGGACACAUGGCUCGACAUGGACGAUGGACUGGGUUUCAUUAGCAAAACCAUUGCCCUGAAGCAGAAAAAUCCCAAGUUGAAAGUCUUGGCAGUUGUGGGUGGAUGGGGUGAGGGGUCGGAAAAAUAUUCGGCCAUGGCUGCAGAUCCAGCAAAACGCUCUAGAUUCAUAUCCUCCACAUUGGCAUUCAUCCGGCAACACGGCUUCGAUGGUCUGGACUUGGAUUGGGAAUAUCCAGCACAACGCGGUGGCGGUCCUCAGGAUAAACAGAACUUUGUAACCCUUUUGCGGGAGAUUAAGGAAGCAUUUGCCCCCUACAAUUUGGAAUUAGGCAUUGCUGUAGGCGCCUCUGAAGCCUCCGCGCAACAAUCGUAUGACAUUCCCGCGAUCUCCAAGCAUUUGGACUUCAUUAAUGUGAUGACCUACGACUUUCAUAUGGCAUUCGAUGGCUAUUUGGGCUUCAAUGCACCCUUCCCCGAAGUGGAGCAGUCCAUCGACUACUGGCUACGUCAAGGUGCUCCGGCCCAGAAACUGAUCCUUGGCAUCGGAUUCUAUGGCCACAGUUACCAGAUGGCAGACAGCUCCCAGAACCGACCAGGCGCCCCCUGCAAAGGAGCCGGAAAUGCUGGCACCUUUACUCGUGAAAGUGGAUUCCUUGGCUACCACGAGAUUUGCAUGAACAACUGGCAGACUGUGUUUGACGACCAAGCCAAGUCUCCGUACGCCUUCCAAGGGGAUCAGUGGGUUGGCUUUGACAACGUCCAGAGUAUUGAGCUCAAGAUGAAACUGGUUGACUCACGCAAAUUGGGUGGUGCCAUGACCUGGUCUAUUGAGACCGAUGACUUCCUCGGUCGCUGCGGAGAGAAAUUCCCCCUCCUCAAGGCAAUGAACAGAGGCUUGGGUGUAAAUGUGGGAGGAGGUGGCAACGAUACUCCUGCACCAACCUCAAAGCCAGGCGAUGGCAAUAAUGGAGGCUCCAACGAAAAAUGCACCACGGAUGGAUACUUUAGGGACAGCAGCGACUGCAGUCGCUUCUAUCAAUGCGUAGGCGGAAUUCGCUAUGACAGCCAGUGCGGAAACGGAUUGUAUUUCGACUUGAACUCCUUUAGCUGCAACUGGCCCGAGCUAGCCAACUGUUAAAUAAAGAUUCAAUACUAAACACGAUUUUAAAGCAGA